AAUAUUAAAUUUGCCGGCAACUGACCUUACGGAAACAAUGACCUGUUCAAAGUUUACACUGUUGAUAUAUACAAAGUGCAUCAACAACAUUACACAUUUACAUUCCAAUAUUCCCAAAUCCAAACGCACGCACCAUUAUAUUCAUUGAUUCUUAGAUCAAUAUUUAUUAUUAAAUUCUCAACUGAAUUAUGAUUUGGCUUGGGGUCACUUCCAUGACAAUCUCUUCAAUUUUCUUCAUCUUUGUUUUUUCUUACUUAAUCCUUCGUUUCUUUCGUAAAACCUCUGCUUUACACUUUCUCAAACAUUGGUGGCUUUCGUUAGAAAAUCGUCUUCAUCUUCAUCAAUCGUUUAAAAUUCCUCUCUAUGAUCAUAAUUUCCGGGAAAAUCAACUUUACCGGAAAAUUCUCACCUACCUUGAUUCACUACCUUCCGUUCAAGAUGCUGAUUUCACAAACCUGUUCUCUGGUCCCAAUCCGUCGGAUAUUUUUCUCCACCUCGAUGCUAAUCAAAUUGUUCAUGAUACUUUCUUGGGAGCUAAGCUUUCAUGGACGAACAACACCGUCGCUGGCGACUCCGCUUCUGCUCUCGUGCUUCGAAUGAAGAAAAAGGAUAAGCGCAGAGUUUUUCAGCAGUAUUUUCAACACAUUCUCUCAGUAGCAGACGAACUUGAACAAAGGAGGAAGAAGGAUAUAAAAUUGUUUAUGAAUUCCGUCGCUGGAGAAACAUACCGGUGGCGAUCGGUUCCAUUUACUCAUCCAGCAACCUUCGAAACGGUGGCAAUGGACGCAGAACUGAAAAACAAAGUGAAAACAGAUCUAGAUCAGUUCAUAAAGUCAAAGCAAUACUACAACCGUUUAGGCCGUGUUUGGAAGAGAAGCUACCUUCUCUACGGUGCUUCCGGUACCGGUAAAUCAAGCUUCGUCGCUGCGAUGGCGAAGUUUCUCUGUUACGACGUCUACGACAUCGAUGUUUCGAAGAUAAUCGACGGUUCAGAUUGGAAAACACUCCUGAUGCAAACGACGCCAAAAUCGAUGAUCUUAAUCGAAGAUCUCGAUCGUUUAUUAGCUGGAAAAUCAACGGGUGUAAACAUAUCAAGCGUGUUGAAUUUCAUGGAUGGAAUCAUGUCAUGUUGCGGUGAAGAACGCGUGAUGGUUUUCACGAUGAAUGGUACAAAAGAUGAGAUUGAUCAAGCGGUGUUGCGACCUGGAAGAAUCGAUGUUCACAUACAUUUCCCCUUAUGUGAUUUCUCCACCUUCAAGAUUCUUGCGAGCAGUUAUUUAGGGUUGAAGGAGCAUAAGCUUUUCCCUCAGGUUGAAGAGGUUUUUUAUCAGACCGGUGCCCGGCUUAGUCCGGCUGAGGUUGGUGAGAUUAUGAUAUCGAACCGGAAUUCGCCGAGCCGGGCUUUGAAAACCGUUAUAACUGCCAUGCAGGUUCAAUCAAACGGUUCGGGGCAGAGGUUGAGUCAUAGUGGCUCGGGUCGAAGCUCCGAAGAAGUUAAUGAUACAAGUGCUGUGAUAUGUAGAGAGAGUGUUCAUACGGUGAGGGAGUUUCGGAAGUUGUAUGGGCUUUUGCGGUUGGGAAGUAGGAGGAAGGAAAAGGAUGAAUCGGUUCCUAAUUCGGGUCCCAUUGAGAAAGAAACUCCGUCAAGAAUUGAGGGUCGGGUCGGAUAAAUUAGAUCCGAUUGGAAUAUUUAAGUUUUUCUUAAGAAAAUUGUAAAGUUGUUUGCCAGUUAUUUGCUAGCUGCUACUAACAAUUAUUGCAGAUUUUUAUUUUAGAUUUUUAUUUUUUUAUAAUUUACAAUUCGUUUGUUGUAUGUACACAGAAAAAUAAUUAUGGUUAGACAGAUAGAACUAGAAUGAAUUCAUAUUAUUUGUUUAAUACUGAGUUUUGAUAUUCAA